AUGGAUUUGAGGCAUAGCCAUAGAAGUCUGCUGCUGAGGGACUUGGAGCGUGGACGGAGGCGCACUCAACAGUGCCAUCAACCGAGCUCCAUGGUUAUUAGGGUUUUGGGGAUUAGGGGGAUUGCUGAAAUUGGGAUGAUGAGGGGCCGUAGGCGUCUGCCCCUGUGGCUGGAGUGGCGGCGUGGGAAAAGACAGCGACCUCUGCGGAUGCGCGUCCUGGUGGGGCUGCGGUGGGUUGGAAAAGGCGGGGUAGACAGGAUGGUAGUGGAAGGGCGCCGUCUGGGGCGGAAAGGUGUAGGCGCCUCCGGUGGGCGGAGGGUAGGAGGCGGAGGGAGGCGGGAAAGGGGCCGAAGACAGAUUAGGGUUAGUGACAGCGACGAAAUUUUGGGGAUUAGGGGUGGAAUUGGGGAGAGAGGUAGAGGGAGGCGGUGGGGGUUGAACUGCAAACAACUAGUGAAAGAUGGUCCGGCCUAUGUGUGUUAUAGGUUGAGUGGUGAGUAUGUAUGGUGGGUUAGGAUGGAUCUGGGGAAGAGAGCCCCAGCUGGAGAAUGUGCACUGGGUUCGGUUGUAGUCAAGUGA